AUGACGUCACCAGUCGCGCCCCCAUGCCUCUGCCGCGCCCGGCCGCCGUGCCGCCACCAGAGGGCGCCCCCGCCCGCGGCGCCCGCCCCCGCCUCAUUGGAGCCCGGCCGGGGCGGGGCCGCCGAGUCACGUGCCCUCCCGCCCUCCCCGCCAGGCGCUCCGGCGGUUGGUGCCCGCCGCCUCCCUCGGGAAUUUCCGCGCGGCGAGGGGAAGUGCUCAGGGCCGCGGGCCGGGCGCUGGCGGGCCGGGAGGGGAGGGCAGGCUGGAGGCGUUGCAGUCCCGCUUCGGCCGGGGCCUUCGCCCCCGCGCAGAGCCCGCCGGGCUGGGGCGCUCCCGCCGCUCCGUCGGGCUGGGGCGGAGUUUGCUGCCGGCUCCGGCCGCGUUUUCCCCCUUUCUCUCCCCUCCCCACCCCUCCUCGCCGCCCGCGUCGUGGCGCCGAGCGGGAGCCGGCCCGGCCCGGCGCUGACGCUCGCUCGCCGCGGCGAGACGCGGGUCCGGCUCCCGUGCCCGCCGGCCCCCCUGGGGCGAGAGGGGAAACAAAGCGGGGCGGCGGGGGCGAUCCGCCGGCCCGCUCCGUGCCGAAAGCUUUUGAGAAGCCGCACCGGGAGGAGCAGCAGCCGUGCCCGCCGAGCCGUGAGCGGGGCUGAACAAAGAUACGGCCCGCGGAGCACCGCCGUCCCUCUGCUCCCGGUGGGGUGGGCGCACGCCUGGAGCUGUGAACACCGGCGGGUUUUGCUGCAGGAGCGGCUCCUGGGACCUUGCAGUUGUGGAGGAAGUUGCACGGAGAGGCUCAGCUCAAAGCCUUGCUCUGCUUUUGUGCUGCUGUGGGAUCGCGACUCAGGCAUCAGCAAAGUUGUGCAGGGGGAGCGCUGGAGCCUGGAAGCAAUUUACCGAGCCAGUGAGAUAAUCGCCAGUUCUUGUGUUUUAUGAUCUGUGACAUGGCUGUAUUUGGAAGGGUUACUUGUGUGGAAAGCAUGUUCUUACUCUCCGUGACCCACUGCCAAAUGUCUGCACUGUGGUGGAAAGCAUGAAAAUACUAGUGCUUCCAAGUGGCUAGAAAAAAGUACUUUAAAAAAAACAACCGUGUUCUUGGAAAUGGCAGAGCCAUUUUUG